UGAUCGAGCAAGUUCCUACUGGGAAAGGAGCUCGUUCCGAGCCAAAACAAAAACAGCUCCGUCACCGGCUUCUCUUCUCCCUUUCUGAUCAGUCGCUGCCGCAAUAUGCCGCUGAAACCAUGUUUCACCUACAUCAUCGGGGCAUCCUCUUUACUGAUGCUGAUCGUGGGGAUAUCUUUAGUUUUAUCCAAUGUGUUUCCAAAUUUUCUACAGUCCAAGGUUAAAACGGAAGUAGUCCUGAGAAAUGGGACAGAGGCUUUUGAGGUUUGGCUUGAUCCCCCUGCUCCGAUCUACAUGCAGUUUUACUUCUUCAAUCUGACGAACCCAGAGGAGGUCUUGAUUGGGGAAAGACCAGCUGUGAUGGAGAUUGGACCUUACACAUAUAGAGAAUAUCGGCCCAUGGAGGAAGUGGUCUUCCAGGACAAUGGCACAAGAGUUGCGUCAGUCAAUCGUAAAACUUACAUUUUUGAGCGCAACAUGUCCCGAGGUCCUGAAAGUGACCUAAUCAGGACGGUUAACAUCCCUGCUGUGACAGUAAUGGAAAAAUUUAAGGAUAGUGUGAUUGCAGCCAAUUUGAUCUCCGCCUACAUGCGAUCCUCUGGUAUCGGCCUGUUCACCACCCGCACUGUGGGAGAGCUACUAUGGGGAUAUGAAGAUGGCCUUCUCAAAGCUCUCAAAUUGUUUGAUCCUGAGCUGGACAAGUUUUUUGGACUUUUCUAUAAGAAUAAUGCUUCAAAUGAUGGCGAAUAUACAUUCUUUACUGGCCAGGAAAACUACAAGGACUUUGCUAGAGUGGACACAUGGAAUGGGAAAAGCUCUUUGAAUUGGUGGACGUCUGACGAGUGCAAUAUGAUCAAUGGUACCAACGGAGCGUCUUUCCACCCAAUCAUCAAUAAGAAUGAAGUCCUCUACAUGUUCUCCUCUGACCUGUGCAGGUCGUUGUAUGCCGUGUACACCAAAGAUGUGAUUGUGAAGGAGAUCCCUGGCUAUCGCUUCGUUCCCCCCUUCGAAGUUUUCGCCAAUCACACCGUGAACCCAGCCAACGCAGGCUUCUGUGUUCCUUCUGGAAACUGCCUCAGCUCAGGCCUGCUCAAUGUCAGCAUGUGUAAACAGGGGGCUCCCAUCAUCAUGUCCUCACCGCACUUCUACCAGGCUGAUGAGAAAUUUGUUGAAGAUGUGUUUGGGAUGAGGCCCAAUAAGGACGAGCAUCAGACUGCCAUCGAUAUCAAUCCACUGACAGGAACCAUCCUACAGGCAGCCAAACGUCUCCAGAUCAAUGUCUAUGUGGAGAAAAUCCCAAGGUUCAGUGAAAUAGGAAACGUGAGGACAGUGGUUUUCCCUGUGGUGUAUCUUAAUGAGAGCGUUCUUAUUGACGACGCCUCAGCCAAGAAGCUGCAGAGGGUUGAUGUCCAGAAGAACGUGGUGGAGAAUAUUCCAUUUCUUGUCAUUGGUCUUGGCAUCAUCCUGGGAGGAAUCUUUAUGUUCUUGAUGUGUCGACAGAAAGUCCCCGAGAGCACUGAAGCAGAACGUCAGCCCCUGAUCUCAUCGUAGCACCAAUCAAAAUUCAUGAGGACGAUCACGGGUUACUGACAUAAUGUUAGAAUAAAAUUAUCUGACAUCUAGACUCCUAACCUUUAGGCAGCCACUCAUAACCAGAAUCUCAUCUUUUCAAUGUUGUAAUGCUUUCAGGAAUUUUGUGUGUUUACAACAAGCACUUAAGUUGAUUGUUUUCAUGCUGUAAUGUUGCUCAAACCUCUCUUUAAUGUAGUCUUAUUUUUCUAACCACUAAUUAUGGGAUUGCAAAUGAAACCAAGCAGAACUGAGCAGUAUUAAACCUAGUUAUUAUCCUUCAUUGCAAAUAAAUGCAAUGGGUAGUUGCAUUUAUUUGUGCAGCUACCCACAGUAGUUGCGCCACUAUUUUGCUACUUUCAUGUGUCAACAAAUCAACUGCCUCCUACGAGAUGCUGUUUUCAGAAAAAAAAAAAUCAGUUUUAUGGUUUUGUUAACUAAAACCAUGUGCAAAUACACUGAUCACUGAAAGGUUAAAGUGAUGAGUAUGUUUUUAUAAAUAAAACGUGUUUUAUUAAAAAGCUUCAAAAGUCAUUUAUUGUUUAUUUAAUGACAAUGCCCGAAUUUCUUAGCUUCUUGAAGAGUAAUCAGAAUGGGGAUUUACUUGCUUUAAAACGAUGCCAACCCACUGAACCUGAUAAUGAAAAAAUGUGUGAAAUAAACCCCAAACAGUAUUGCUUCUCAAGGCUUUUAUCUGCUGUGAAUGUGUUGGAAUGGACAGAAAAGUUUUUUGUUUUUGUUUUUAUCCUGCUCAAUUCCACACUAUUUCUUGAUUUUUAUUUUAUGAUGCUUCUUGGGGAUUUUGCUAAAAGGAGUGUAGAAAAUGUUUUAUGGAAGUGUUAUAUCUGAUACUUUUUUAAGUUUUUCUAUAUGAAAUGGUAAGUUGUUUGAGAAUUGUUGUAGUCCAAAGGGGCCGAGGCUUUCAAAGUUGCUUAUUUGUUUAAAAAAUCUGUUGAUUCUAUUCAACAUCAUAAACUUAUUGUGAAAUUUCUUUAAUAGAAAUGUCACCAUUUACUAACAGGUUGGUGUUUUGUGCUGUUUAUGUAAGAACUGUUUGCACUACUCCUUAACAGUCUAAACAUAAUAUGUAAUCACUGAUUAAAUUCACAGAAAAGGUUGUAUAUGUUAUUGGCAUCUUGUCUUGUUGUUCGUCUUGACCAAUAAACUGAUUCACACAUUGGCAAUUUA